AUGCCCCUCCCCCACCUCCAAACACUCGACACCCUAACCGCAACAAUCCUCAUCGACAACGACCUCGACCCCAUCUCCCCCAUCCCCCCGGACACCGUAGACAUAACCAAUGGCCUCAUACGCACGCUAGCAACCUCUUCCCCGCACGGGGUGCACGACCGCGGCGAUGCGCACAAGGAACUCCGAAUGGAGGAUAUUUGUUGUGCCGCGCAUGGGGUGUCGAUUUUGGUGACAGCGACGAAAGAUGGACAACAGCAUAGUGUGCUGUUUGAUGCUGGGCCGGAGGGGGGGGUAUGGGAGGGGAAUGUGAGGCGGUUAGGGCUUCAAGCUGAGAGUGUAGAGGUUGUCAUGUUAUCGCAUUGGCAUCGGGAUCAUUCUGGCGGCCUAACCCGCGCCAUCGAACUAAUCACAGAAGCCAAAAAAGCAUCUGGAUCUUCUGCACCUACCAUCGUGGAUCUCCAUCCCGAUAGACCCGAGUACCGGGGUAUGGCUAUCGGGAAAGAGAUCAUCUCAUUACAGGCGGAUCCGACGUUCGAGGAGAUUGAACACGCCGGUGGUGAGAUACGGAAAGAAGCAGAAGGUCAUACGAUCUUGGAUGAUUUCUUCUAUAUCUCGGGGGAGAUUCCCCGCCGGACGACCUAUGAGACGGGGUUGAAGGGGGGGAUGAGAUUCGAGAAGGAUCAGGAUGAGAAUGAGGAGGAAGGGGAUUGGUUCUCGGAUGAGAUCAUUGCCGAUGAGCGGUUUUUGAUGUGUAAUCUUAAGGGCAAAGGAAUUGUCAUGUUCACGGCGUGCAGUCAUGCCGGAGUGGUGAACUGUGCUCGCCAUGCGGUGAAGUUGCUGGAUGAUGUCCCUCUGCAUGCGAUUAUUGGGGGGUUUCAUCUGGCGACGAGUGAGGCGGCGCAGAUGGAGAGUACGGUCCAGGAUUUGAAGAAGUUGGAUCCAGCGGUCAUUCUGCCGGGUCAUUGUACGGGGUGGAGGGCUAAGUUUGCGAUUGAGAGGCAGAUGCCGGGGGCGAUGGUGCCGUGUUCGGUGGGGAUGAGGAUUAAAUUUUAG